UGCAAAAUGGCGGUAUUAGUACAACGCAAUUUUGAAAUGAAAACAAAUCCCGGAAUAUACAUCAGUCAGUGACAUUUAAUCGACGUUAAUAAUUUAACCAGUUUCAGAUUUUUAUCAAAAUGUCAACAAGCGGCACAGAAAAACAUUGCAGACUGUGUCUCAUGCUUAGUAAAGGUGGGACAAAAGCAUGUCAUAAUCUUCUAUUAAAGCGCGUGGAUGAGCUUAAACCAAAAGACUUUCAACCAAACGCAUGGACACUCAAAACAUUUUUGGAAAGUAAAAAACAAAUUAUAAUUAAGUCAAAGCUUUCAAAAGAGAAGUGGAAAGUCCUUUUCCCUAAAACCGGCGAUACAGUUCUUUCAAACUGGGAUUUAUCACUUUUCUGUCAAGUCCUUUCUUCAUACUGUGGUUUGACUGGUAUAGAUCUUUUGGACAUAAAACAAUUACGAACAAUACGGAAUGAUCUCUGUCACAUGAACGACGCGGAAAUCACAAAUACCGAAUUUAAAAACAAAAUUGAAAUGAUACAAGUAAUCAUUGGUAGAAUCUUAGAGAAACUCGACGACAAAGAUUUGAAGCUAGAGGUAGACAAUAUUAUCAAGAAUUUAGAAAGUGAACCUCUUUCACUUGGCGAAACGCUUAAAGAGAUGCGUAAGUUUUACUUGAUGGAAAUGGAAGUCCGUGAAAAGUUAGACCAUGUUGAAGAAAUACUUUUAGAAAAGUUUGAGAAACUAGACGACAAGUGUGAACUCAUAAAUAAUAAGCUCGACCAAAGGGGAAGUUCUGGAAUCGAUUCAGCUAGGAACAAUGUUCUUGUUCCCGGAGUUAACAUUUUUCUUGAUUUGAAAAAUGUCAGUAAUGACGAAGAAGCACAUAUGUCUGAUGUUUUACAACAGUUGUUUGAAGAGGUCAUGAAUCAGGACAAUGACUUCAAAUCCAGCAUACCACUCAAUUCAUAUGGUAGGCUAAGAGCGGCAGUCAAUAAAACAUUUCAGCUAUUUCUUUCCAAAGGAUGGAGAAUCAUAAGCGCUGUUCAUGAAUGUAUACAGCUACAUAUAAGAUGUAGUAAUUUUAAAUCGCUUGCCGCCUUGUUUAGGGAACACAUUAAUGGACAAAUAAACACCAAUCUAUCAGAUUUAAAUGAAGCAUUAACCGAAUUGGUCAGUGGUGGGAAGCCAUGCUUUCAGACUACUAUUUAUAGAGACGAGUUUUGGAAUGUUUUGGAUAAAUCAAUCUCAUCUGUCGAUAGAUUUUUAUCGGAACUCAACAUUGAUAACGUUCAACCACUUAAUGAGGGCAGGAGGUUUACAUUAUCAUUUUCAGCUCGGAACGCAAAAUCUGAAAGGAGCGAAUCUUUCUAUGAAGACUGCAACAACGAGCUUCAUACUUGUCUACAACUACUGAAAACAGAACUUGAAUCAGAAUUCAGUACCCCGCAUUUAUCGAUUCAAGCAAGUUGUUCGACAAAUGUGAAUCGUGAAAAGGAUGAUACGUUUACCGAUGAUGAGGUAGAAAACCUAAAUGGACAGGGGGAUAUCAUGAAACCGAUUAAGACUGGUGAUGUUAAGAUUUCAAAAUUAUGUAAAGAAGAAAAGAAAAUCAGUUAUAUGGUUAAAGAAGAUGAAGAGAAAUGUCACAAUACAGCGAUCAUGCGACUUUUAGAAGAUAUUGAUUCAACAAAAGAGACACAAGAAAAAGAAAAAUAUAACAAUGAAAAAAAGAAGAAAAUUACGGAACAUGGUGAUUUGCAUGAUCAAACAAUAUUUUCUCCGGCGAGUACAUCAACAUAUUCAAAAGAAGAUAGAACAGAUUCUAUUUCAAAAUACUGUACAGCAGGAAAAGAAAUCACUUAUAGAAUUAAAGAUGGAGAAGAGAAAGAGUACAAGACAGCGAUAAAGCGCCCAUUUGUAAAAGAUAUUCAUUCAACGAAAGGGGCACAAGAAAAAGAAAAACAUCACAAUGAAAAAAAGAAGAAAAUUACGGAACAAGGUGACUGGCAUGAUCAAACAAUAUUUUCUCCGGCGAGUACAUCAACAUAUUCAAAGGAAAAUAGCACAGCUUCUGUGGAAACGGAAGGUGCCUUACACAAGAAUGCGUUACAUGCAAUAUUGUUUUCGUUGGAUGCUAUAUCAGUUUACCUUGAACUUGCCAGUCUUACGUUGAUUGAAAGGGAUCGAACAUUAUUGGAUAAACUAUAUCUGGUAAUGCUAGAAGUAACAUUCUUUGUUGGUGACAUUUUCACGGGGAUUAAAGACACUGCAGCUGUUAUGGAUGACAUUUUUGGGCCGACGAUAUACUGUACAGAUUUUAUGGGCCCUUAUGGAAUAACAUUUGAAAUGUUUGAAAUAGAAAUAAAGCAAACUGUCGCUCGUUUAGAUAACAUAGUCCAGGAUGUUCAGGAUCUUGAAACACUUUUAGAGUUAAAAGUACCAGUGGAGCAGAUGAAGGAUCAGUCAAAGGCUGGUUAUGAUCAUUUGCAUCAUUUACAACAGCUCUGUAAAGAUGAAGAACGUUCAUUGAAAGAAUUGCAACGCGAUUUCACAGAGAGUGCUCCUUUGUCUAAAGAGGAGACAAAGCAAAGAGAAGAAGCUGAAGAUGCCGAUAUUAAGGAGAAACCACAGCAAGCCUUGAUAGAAAUGCUUCGCCCAGGUCCUGCAUUGCUAGACCUAAAAUUUGGACAGACAAUCAAAUCUCACUAUUAUAUAUUGGUUUCCGAUCAUCUUUUUGAGCGUGAUUCAAAUAUUGUGGAAGACAUUAAGGCGUUCUUGUCAGAGUUAACUUCACAUCUUGAAACAAAACUGAUUAAGGAUCCUAAACUACAAAGCAAAAUAGAACAAGCAUCAAGUGUAUCCCUAGAGCAGCCAAGUGAAGAUGAACUGAAACGUAGUAUGCCUCUUAAACUACAUAAGGAAAAAGAUCAAGAAGAGAGCGGACCUAUUAAAGUUCAAGACGAAUCUAUUUCGACGUCUUCACAACUACCUAUCAAAGUUCAAGAAAGUGCGUCUUUACAACUACGAGGUGGAUGUAUAACCAAAUGGUGUUUUCAACGGAUACAGGUUCAUUUCGAGUGCAUAACUGUCCAACUGAAACGGAUUAAAUUGUCUUGCUCUAGAUUGUACGAGAGUUUAAAGUUCAUUGAACAUGAAAAAAAAAAUACCAUCCGAAAAUCCUUGGAUCGUCCAACUUUAACAAAGGAAUGGUCUCAAGUUAGACAGCUUGCACGGGAUUGCGAAAAUUCAAAUGAUAUGAUGAAACAUAGUUUCAGACUGCCUAGACGUCGGCUAGAUUAUGAAGGGGUGGAAUGGUUAAGAUAUAUAUUAAAAGAGUUGGAAACAAACAUUUGAUUGAUUCAUUUUUACAAGACAGGAAAAGAAAGGAAUAAGACUGUUCUCUAAUAAUGACCAAUUUAAAACAUUAAUAAGACUUUUCUACUUGUAAGUUUUUUGAAGCAAACUCGAAGGCGAUUUUAUUCAAGUUUCAAGAGCUUGUUUUAUAAUCAAGCUUUAAAUUAAAUAUGAUAACACAUUCAGACUGGGUUACAAAUUGGCAUACUUACAUAUUAUUUGUAUUCAGAUACUUUCUAAUGUUAACACUCUUUACAUACAAAAACUAUAAAUUAUUUUGUUCAGAUAUAAAAUGUUAAGCUACUUGUAACUUUGAUAAAAUUAUGAUUGAAAGCUUUGUAUAUAAUUGCAUUGCUUUAUAUGAAUUAUGAAUAAAUAAUAAUAUAUUUUUACGAGUAAUGGGUAAUGGUUGCUGAACUACUUGUUGUGGUUUUUGAUACGUUUGUCAUAAUGCACUUUUGUUAUGAUAAUAUAAUGUAUAACACUAUCAUUUUUGACUGAGUUGCAUAUAUGAUGUUGUCUGGAUUUGUUUAAUUUGUAUCAAUUUGUUAAAUAUUAAUCAGAAAAUGUAUUAUUUGAAGAAGUAUUUGAUUCACACAUAUUAAGCAUUCUUCUUAAGAUAGAUGAGGUAAUGCCUCAAAUGGGCGCAAAUUAUUGAAACGCUUGGAAUAUGAUGUAAGAAUCGCGCUAAGUAACAUAUACGUAACAUCAAUGUAACAAAUAUGAGAGCUCUAACACUUAAUAUGACACAUAUCUAUAAUGAGAUAUAAAAAAAUUGUACCAAUUAAGUACAAAAUGCUAAUUUCACUCCUUAUUUGCGUAACAUUUGUAGCAGUGCUGAAACAAAAAAUUAACAAGGUUGUACACGGUAACAUAUAUAAUAUUAAUUCCGAUUUUGUCCAUUUAAGGGCUCGUGUUGAAACACUUGUAAAUAGACGACAGCAAAUACAUUUCAACAAAAUACCACCAUCACACUUAUUUGUGGAUUGCUCUUGGUUGAGGUUGAACAAUCUUAGAAAAAAUAUAUCCUUUAAAAUAAUUAUUCAAAUAAUGAUUGUUUAAGUUGGUUGCCCUUAAUCAUGGACAUGCUUUGGUUUGUAGCAGUCGUACUUAAACAAGCUUCUGUUUAAUCUCGCUUGAUUUUAAUUUAGAAACCCUUAAAUAGAAAAAAAUAUGUAUAAAUGCUUUGCUUAUAUCAUUUGACCAUCGGAUUCCCAUAUAUGAUUUUUAAACAUCUCAUAACGAAAACAACAAAAUAUGUUUAUGUGCAUUUCAGAGCAAUAAUGGCCUUAUUGAUUCUUUUCUCAUUUAUGUAAUUCAUUAAUUCACAUGUACAUAACAGUCAAAUUUUACGAUAAAAUACCAACACAUAUGCUACAAUAGAAACCGUAUUAUUUUACUAUUCAUUCCACAUACCUAAUACACCAUGCAUUCAAAAUCAUUCACUACUUUUUGAAUAAAGAAAAAAAAAUAGCAAGUACAUAGGGAAACAAGGAAACAAAACAUACACAUACAUUUUAAUUUUUUCUUAAUUAGUUUUAUGUUUUAAUUGACAUUGUCUUAUUGGUUUCAUCAUUGUGAUUAUAUGCAACAGUGUUACAGUUACUCCUUUUCUGUCUGUGUUAUUUAACUUUGCCAUUUAACAAUGUAAUUUCUUCAAUUUCUAUUCUUUAUAGCAGAAAGCAAAGUAAUAUUUCAUGAAAAUAAUGCUAUAAUUCUGCUACUGUAACAUUAUUAUUGAUACUUAUCGAAUCUCUCUUUAAAUUAAUUCUAAUCUAUAAGAAACUUAUUUUGGUACCUAAAACUAUUUAUUUGCUUAAUAUAUAAAACAUACUGAUUUCUUCUUAGUUCUCACUUCAUUUUGUUAACUAUGAUUAAAAUUCAAAGAAAUGUUCAAAAUGAAAAGGAAUUUUGAUUAAACUUCAUUGAUAUAAUUGAAACUGUGCUUUGUAUUGAUUUUUCAUACUUGCCGUUACUAUGUUUUCUAGUUUGCGUUUGCAUACUCUGUAAGGCAGCGAAUGAAUAACCCGAAUAAAAAAAAGACACAAG